AGCGUGCCCAACCAGGUUUCUGCGACAAGAAACGCAGCGCACCGCAGCUCCCUCCAUUUUCUCUCCGCUCCCACUCCAGAUCCAGUAUAGAUCCAUCGGCACCACGCUCAAAGCAGUAUCUCCACCACCUUUUUUUCUUUGCUGCCGUCGCGGUUCGUUCGUGGUAAUACAGACACGAGAGCUUUCUCUUUUGAGAUAAAAUCGAACCCAAGCCCGUUUGAGACCAUCACUCAUACAGAAGACGCCAUGGCCGACAUCACAGACCAGCACGACCAAACCUCGCCCACCGAGCUCGACGAGUCGCAGAACGUUGGCAAUGGCAACGCCGCCACCGAGUCUCGCGGCAUCAAGCGCCAGCGCCCUUCAGCAGGCGACGACGACGAUGAUGAUGACGAGAAGGGUGGUCGCGAGCGUCGCAAGAUUGAGAUCAAGUUCAUCAGCGACAAGUCUCGGCGACACAUCACCUUUUCCAAGCGCAAGGCCGGAAUCAUGAAGAAGGCAUACGAGCUUUCUGUCCUCACGGGCACUCAAGUCCUUCUUCUCGUCGUCUCUGAAACCGGUCUCGUGUAUACCUUCACCACACCCAAGCUCCAACCUCUCGUAACAAAGGCUGAGGGCAAGAACUUGAUUCAGGCAUGCCUCAACGCACCCGAACCCACGCCCGGUAACGAGAACGGCGUGGAUGGUGGUGACCAAGUCGAGUCUCCGGAAGAGCCCGCCAACCAACAUCUCCCCCCUCAGGGCAGCCGACCCGGCAUGCCCCAGAACCCUCACAUGCCCAACAACUAUAUGCCCGCCAACCUACCCAUGGAUCCCCAGCAGGCUUUGGCGUAUCAAAGCUACGUGCAACGGAAUCAGGGCUACGGUUCAGGCAUACCCCCACAACCGGGCAUGCCCUCCAACAACCACCACCAGUCGUAA